AUGUGCCCCCUAGUCACGCCGUUCCAAUGUCGACUACGCGACUGCACGUACUCCGCUCCCCUGUGGGUGAACGUCCGGUACACGCGAGGUCGCCAAAUCGUCAACAAGACCAACAUCAACAUCGGCCGCAUCCCAGUCAUGCUGCUCAGCUGCAAGUGCGUCCUGACGGGCAAGAGCGAGGCGGAGCUGGCGGAUAUGAAGGAGUGCCCAUACGAUCCCGGAGGGUACUUCGUCGUCAAGGGAGUGGAAAAGGUGGGCAAGGUUAAGGUCUGUCCGCUUGAUUCACAACCUUUUUGA